AUGAUGACGGCACGUGAUGAUGUAGUGCUUACACUUACAGAGGAUGAUGACGUUCUGGCCGACGGUGGUAUGAGCCGGCGAGAGUUGUCACGUCGACGAAAACUGGCCCUGUUUGCUCACUUCUCCGUCCGCAGCCUGGCUCUCAUCGCCUACCUCUUCUCUUCCUGGUUCACC